CCAUCCAGCGAGGCCUUCCAGUGUCAGUGCACUCUGCUCGGGAAGACAACAGGGAACCAUCAUUUUUCACCUCCCGUAAACACCUUGUGAGGCCAGUCAAAUUGGCUGAGUUCUGUGCCACGGGGGCGCUCUAUAUUCCCAGUUUAAACAGUUGUGGUGUGUAUCCAAGUGCUCCCGGAGGAUGUAUCAUGGAAAGGAGUGCGGAUACUGUGCGGAGAAGGAUGCCGAAAUAGCCAAACUCAAGGCAGAAUUGGCCCAAACAACGCUCGAAUUGAAUCACUUUCGUUCAUUCCUGGGGCAGCAAGUAACAUUCAGUCAUGGCAAAAAUGAUGCCAUCAUCGAGUUCAUCGAUGUACCCGUACAGAAUGCUGAACCAGAGCCAGUCCAAGUGAAAUCCAGGAGCAUGUCUCCGGCUCUGGGGAAUGUUGGGGCUCCGCGUGAGGUGACACCCAUGGCGGAGGAGAUGAAUUUUACAGCAAAGGGUGGCGAAAUAGCUUUUGGGCAUGUCGAUGGCCUUGAUGUGGCCCAGGCUGAGAUCCUUGAGAUCAUGUGCGGAAUUUGCAGAGAUAUUUUCUCUGAUCCUGAAUCUUUCAAUGCCCAUUUUGUCAAUCACACCACCACCGAGGCCCCACCCAAUACCGAUGGGGACAUCAUAAGGGCGUCCCUGAGUGACUUUACGUGCCCCAAUUGCCAGCAACGCUUCGAUCUGGCGUCCAGUCUCAAGGAGCACAUGCAGGUGUGCAAAAUGCCACCGGCACCGCGGUGUGAGUGUUUGGUGUGUGGAGAGGCUUUUGGGGAUAGGCAGACGUUCAAGGAGCAUCUGCAGAAGCAUCCAGGGAUCAAGAUUUACGAGUGUGAACUGUGCUACAAGGCUUUUGGGGAUCCGGCACAGUACAAUCGGCACAUUGUGGAACUCCAUGCUGAUCGGGCGUCCACGAUAUGUGACAUUUGUGGGAAGAAUGUGAGUCUCCAGGCAUUUGCGGCACACAGAAAGCAACAUACCACAAAUGACGAGUGGAAGUGCAAGGUAUGCCCCAAGACCUUUCCCUCGGUGCAUGAGUACAAUCAGCACAUGAAGGCGUGUCACAUGAAUGGAGAUAAAUCUCCAGGGCUGGCCCUCGAGUGUCCAGUGUGCAAGAAGACCUUCACGGCACAGAAUCAACUGACCAAGCAUAUGCAGAUUCACUCCACGGACAAGAAGUUCCAGUGCGAUCUUUGCGGCAAGAAUUUCGCCCUAAAUGGCUACUUAAAAAAGCACCUGAAGAAGGUGCACGGAACAGUAACGGCCUAAUCUUCUCUCUCCACCCAUCCCAUCCCAUUCAUCAUUCAUGCCACCAUGCUGCGGGGGAGGAGAGAAUUUUUGAGCUGAUGGGUAACAUAGUGGAAAAUCAAAUGGCCAAUCAAUAAUUUUUUUUUGUAAUUUUUAAGAAUAAACACAAGAGAAAAAGUUGGGGAAACACUAUUUUAAAAAAAGAAAAAAAAUGUAAAUAGAACAAAAAACAAUAAAUUCUUUUCAUCGACUUCACAAAAAA